UGUUUCCAAUAAGGUCAGUGCUUUCUGUGUUGUGGGGGUUGGCUGUGUAGGUAGAGCUAGUGAAGAUAACCUAUCAAGAUCAUUGAACUGUAAAUAAAAACUCUUUCAAAAAGGUCUCGCAUUGUGGAAUACAAUGUCAGAUACGGAGACCAAGCCUUCAAGUGAUGGAGGAGAGAAAAAGGAUGGAGAAUAUAUUAAAUUAAAGGUGAUCGGCCAGGACAACAGUGAAAUUCACUUCAAGGUGAAGAUGACGACACAUUUAAAGAAGCUGAAAGAAUCCUACAGCCAGAGACAAGGUGUUCCCAUGAAUACCUUAAGGUUUCUUUUUGAAGGACAGAGAAUUGCAGACAACCAGACUCCCAAAGAGCUUGGAAUGGAAGAUGAGGAUGUCAUUGAAGUGUACCAAGAACAGACUGGUGGCCAUUGGAAUGACUAGAAGAAAAUCCUCCUCGCUUUUUCUUUUUAUUGUUAUUUUUUAUUUUGUAUGUAUGACUUUAUUCUCUGGUUUUAUUUGCUAUUCCCAUUGAUAGGAAAGGAGAUCAUGCAACCAUCUGGAUCAAAAUAUCCCCUCCUGCCACCAUGAUUGCAGAAUUUUAAUAGAUGAUGUUGAGCCAGAAUGUGUGAAUGGAUGGAUAACAUUUCCUUCUCUUCAGCAGUGUUCAUUUCUUCUUUUUCUUUUUUCCUUAAUCCUUCUCACUUUCCCCCUUUCUCUCAUCUCUCUUGUGUACCUCGCAUACAGGGUACAAGUCAGGACGUGUGCUUAGUGAGAUCAGAUACAGUGACUUGUUGGGUUCUGCCCAAAACUCAGGACGAUCCCUCAUACUACUCCACUGCCUGUGUGUGUGUUGUGUGUGUGUGUGUGUGUUGUGUGUGCGUGUUGUGUGUGUGUGUGUGUGUGUGUUGGGGGGCUGUCUGUCUGAUUUUGAGUGCAAAGAAGCUUUCAUCUCAUGUCUCCAUAGUCUCUGUAAGCACCUCAUAGCUCUCGAGACCACAGUGUGGCCUACCAUGCUAAAUGUACUUCCGAGCCCUGUUGUGACGGGGGUUUGAUACUACAGCCUAAUCAGGAACCACUCCUAGAGUCAACACUCUUCCUCCGUGCAGAGCUGGCAUGAGUAGGCUUACCCUGAGUCAAGGGCAUAUGUGACCUCUGUAGGUGACUUCACAUACACAUGUUAAUUUCGGGCAGAAACUUUCAGGUGCUGAAGAUGAACUUAACAAUAGUACAAUGACGAGAGCUUCAUAAUACACCUUUGUGAUGAUGACUUCUCAUUUAUUGCUAAACAGAGGUGUGUUGUGGAACUUUAGCCUGCAGGUUUUGUCCUUAUAGUAAGCUCUAAUAUAAUGUAUAGAGCUUUCAAUCAGAGUAAUAUCUUAUGUCUGACCAUUGGCAAUAUGUUGAAGGGGAAACCAGUGCAUUUAUCCCUAAUCCUUUGCAAUCACAUACUGAUUGCUAUUCAGACCGAUUUGUUUUUUUUUUUUUUUUUUUUUUUUUUUAAAU